AUGGCCUCGACACUCGCUAUCGGCGUGGGCAUCGCCGCCGCCGCAUUCUUUGGCCGUGCUGGCCUGGUCGCAUUCCGUCGCUGGCGCAACCCCAACGGGCUCAACGCCCUUGGUCGGACCUUCUACAAGGGCGGCUUCGAACCCAAGAUGACGCGGCGAGAGGCAUCGCUCAUCCUUGACCUCAGCGAGAGAACACUCACGAAGGAGAAGAUCCGAAAAAAUCAUCGAGCAUUGAUGCUGUCGAAUCACCCGGACAGAGGCGGCAGUCCGUACUUGGCCAGCAAGGUGAACGAGGCAAAGGAGUUUUUGGAAAAGAACGGGUGA